AUGGUGCAGCUCACCCUGAUUCCGGACAACACGACGUCCACCAACCCGACCUCCGACUCCGCCAUCACUACCACACCUGGACCAGCAGAGAACUGGGUCUUUCCCGCCUCCAUCCCAGCCCGCAUCAAAGAACUGCUCAUCGCGACAGGCGAUCUUCCCACCACUGUCGUACCGUGGCUCAUCGGUCCACAAUGGCCAUUCCGUCUCCAGCACAAGUCCAACCCGGCAGGCUACUACCACGUCGCGACAGGCCACAAGCUCAACGUCAAGUACUACCGUCUCACCCCAAAGCGUAAGGGAACAAAAGACGCGAAGGGUGUCUUGGUGGUUGAGGGUGAGGGCGAUUGGUUCUCUCGUGGUCCGGUCAUCUUGGGCAAGAGUCCUGCGCGUGGAGCGGGCUAUUAUAGGCCGUGGAGGGGUCUGAGAGCCGCUGAUGGGGCGAAUGUCUGGGAUGACGAGACCUUUGAGGUGGCCAAGAGAGAAGGCAAUGAUGAUGUGGAGGUGAACCAGACAGAAGACGGAGUCCAGGACGAGCAAGUCAAGGGCCGAAGCAGUGGCAGUGGCAGCGGCACUGGCAGACGUAAGAGCAAAACCGCAGAGACAACAAAGAAGACAAUGAAGCUGGCCACUGUUCCGGAGGCGUACGAGGACUAUGACGAAGACGGUUCGUUCGCCGUCAUCGCGAAGCAGAAGAGAGAGCGCGAAGCCGAGGAGGCAAUGGAAAACGACAUCCAGAACGACUACGGCAUCGACGACGGCGAUAUCGAAGGUCCAGAGACCAAGAAGCAGCGCCUCGAGACCGGUGACGAGGAAGACGAAGAGGACAUGGAGGUCGAACUGACGUGGGAAGAAAUGGAGAACGCCUGA